AUGAAGAACGUCUUUGUUACUACCUUGGCCCUCUUCGCCGCAGUUUCAUCUGCCCUACCCUAUACAACUCCCGUUGAUAACCCCAUCUCGACCUUGCAGGCGCGCGCGAAGACAUGCUCCGUGAAGGCAACCAACAAUCUGAUCUUCAAGGUCUCCAUGAAGACCUUUCAAAAGGCGCGCAAGGCCAAGAAUCCCUCUAAGUGCAACUGGUCAUCGGACAACUGCUCCAAGUCCCCCGACAAGCCAGACGGAUACAACUUUAUCCCGAGCUGCCAGAGACACGACUUCGGUUACCGCAACACGAAGAAGCAGAAGCGCUUUACCAAGGCCAUGAAGAAGCGCAUUGAUGACAAUUUCAAGAAGGACCUGUACAAGUACUGCAGUCAGUUCUCUGGAUGGAGCUCUUGGAAAGGUGUCGAGUGCCGUCGUCUCGCAGAUAUCUACUACGCUGCUGUGCGCAAGUUUGGAAAGCGUGAGUGGGAGCUGGAGUUUGAUGAUGAGCCUAAGUUCGAGAAGCGAGACGAUGCCGCGGACGAUGCUCAGCCUGAUGAGUUUGAUGGCUUUGAUGGCUCUGAGCUUGAUGCUGAUAUUGAGGGCCAGGAAAUCCCUGAAGUGCUUGAGGACGAUGGGGCAGACUUGGAGAAUCUUGAGGAUAUUGAAAAUCUGUAG